CAGACACUCAUUCUAGUGGACCAGAAGUGGAGUUACUGGUCAGAGGGCAUUCAGAUGUGGGAGAAGUGGCCCGAGAAGUGAAAGCAUCUGAGAGAGGAACAGCUGUGGCCAUUGCAGAUUUGGAAUGGAGAGAAAUGGAAGGAGAUGAUUGCGAGUUUCAUUAUGGAGAUGGUACGAAUGAGGCUCAGGACAGUGACUUUCCUACAGUGGAGAGGAGCCGCCUGCAGGACAUGCUGUCGCUUCUGGGCCUGGAGACAUACCAGGUCCAGAAGCUCAGCCUUCAGGAUGCCCUGCAGAUCAGCAGUGACAGCGUGAGGAACUGGGCCCCUCAGGCACCAAGGGACUUGCCCUGGACCUUCCUCAGGAAGCUGCAGGCUCUCAAUGCUGAGGCCAGGAACAGCACCACCGUGGUGCCGGACACGCCUCUGGACGCCCGGCCUGUGGAGAAGGAGAGCCAGGUGGAGGAGAUCGUGUACUGGGACACGGCCGACGACAUCUCGGCCGACAUCUACUCCUUCUCCGAGCUGCCCACCCCCGACACGCCCGUGAACCCCUUGGACCUUCUGUGCGCCCUGCUGCUCUCCUCUGACAGUUUCCUGCAACAGGAAAUUGUUCUGAAAAUGUCCCUCUGCCAGUUCGCACUCCCUCUCAUUCUGCCUGACUCAGAAAACCAUGGCCACACCUUCCUGCUCUGGGCCCUGAGGGGUGUCAUGCGGACGUGGUGGGCCCAGCCCCCGAGGGGUGUGGGUAGCCUCCGGGAGGACAGCGUGGUCCUGCCGCGGGCUCCCACCUUUGCCUUCGUGCGCAUGGAGGUUAGCAGCAACUCGAAGUCCCAGCUGCUCAACGCUCUGCUCAGCCCUGGCCACAGGCAGCGCGAUUGCUUCUGGCACCGCGACCUGAGUGUGGGCACCAGCUCUCGGGAGAUCGCGGACGGGCUGGUGGAGAUCUCCUGGUUCCUGCCCAGCGGCCGGGAGGACCUGGACCUUUUCCCCGAGCCCGUGGCCUUUCUGAACCUCCGGGGUGACAUCGGGUCUCACUGGCUGCAGUUCAAACUGCUGACAGAAGUGUCUUCGGCUGUGUUCAUCCUGACCGACAACAUCAGCAGGAAGGAGUACAAAUUGCUGUCCUCCAUGAAGGGGUCAGCCACCAAGUGCUACUUCAUCCUGAGCCCCUGCCGCGGGAAGCGGAACACGAACCUGCGGCUCCUGGGCCGGCUGCUGCCCGUGCUGCGGGUGGACCACUCGCACGUGCUCGUGAAGGUCAGCAGCACGGACAGUGCUCGCUUUGUGCACAGGCUCCGCUCUAUCGUGGCGCAUGUGGCCCGUUCUCCCUGCAGGAGGCUGUCGCUGGAGGACAUGGCCCAUGCAGCCCGCAAGCUGGGGCUGAGGGUCGACGAGGACUGCGAGGAGUGCCAGCGGGCCAAGGGCCGGAUGGAGCGGGUCACCGGGGCCACCAGGGGUGCGCUGCGGCUGCAGGGGGACCCUGGGGGUACAGCGGCCCAGGUGGAGAGGGAGCUCCGCCAGGCUCCGUGGGCCGGGGGCCCCGCCGGGGUGCUGCAGGACUUCAUUACCGGCCUCGGCAGCCCCUCCCCGGCAGAGAAGCAGUAUUUCCUGCGUUGGAUGGAGUGGGGGCUGGCCUGGGCAGUCCAGCUGAGGCCCAGGCAGCCCCCGGAGCCGGCUGCUGCCCUGAGAGCAAAGCCGGGGGGUGCUGCGGACGCCAGCGAGCCGUCCAGGCCAGAGCCUCUGGGGCUGGAGCACUUCCUGCGGGAGAUGGGGCAGCUGUACGAGGCCGAGAGCUGCCUCGUGGAGGCCGGGAAGCUGCCCGCAGGCCAGAGGCGCUUCGCCCACUUCCCGGGCCUGGCUUUGGAGCUGCUGCGGACGGGGCUGCCCCUGGAGCUGGUGGACGGGACCACCCUGAGCGCCCCGCUGCGCUGGGUCACGGGGCUGCUGAAGGAGCUUCACGCCCACCUGGGGAGGCGGUCGCGGCUGGUGGUGCUGUCAGCGCUGGGUGUGCCGGGCACAGGCAAGUCCACUCUGCUCAACACCAUGUUCGGGCUGCGCUUUGCCACCGGGAGAGCUCGUGGUCCUCGGGGGGCCUUCAUGCAGCUGGUCACUGUGGCCGAGAGCUUCAGCCAGGACCUGGGCUGUGACCACAUCCUGGUGAUAGACUCUGGGGGCUUGAUCGCCGGGGCCCUGGCCACGGUGGCGGGGCGCUUCGAGCUGGAGGUCUCCCUGGCCACUUUGAUUAUGGGGCUGAGCAAUGUCACCGUGGUCACUCUGGCUGACACCAGGGACAUCCCGCCAGCCAUUCUGCAAGCGUUUCUGAGGCUGGAAAAAGCAGGCCACAUGCCCAGCUACCAGUUUGUGCACCAGAACCUUCAUGAUGUGCCUGUCCCCGGCCCCAAGCCCAGAGACAGGUGGUGGCUCCUAGAGCAGCCGGGUGACAAGAGCAGGGCCACAGUACAGGCGGACAAGCAGGCCGACGGCCUCCGGACGCUGGCCGAUCUGGCCUUCUGUGACCCAGAGAAGCUGCACGUCUGGCACAUCCCCAGCCUGUGGCACGGAGUGCCACCCAUGGCCGCUGUGAGCCUGGGGUACAGCGAAGCCAUCUUCGAGUUGAAGAGGUGCCUGCUGGAAAACAUCCGGAACGGCCUGUCCAACCCCAACAGGAGUGUCCAGCAGCUCAUUGAGCUGGUCAGACGGCUGUGAGUACAGCUGCCCCGAGGGGCGUGUCACGUCCCAAGGCGUCCGGGGUCUCCUGAACACUGUUACGGAAGGCAGUAGCCUCCAGAGCACUGCCAGGGACCCUCGGGCGGGCCAUGAGUUGCGUCUCCAAGCUGCAGUGGAGGCCCUGGGAUGUGGCUUUCCCACAGCGGCUCUUUCAUUGCCCCUGGAGUGCAAAGCUGUGGUCCGUCACUGCAGUCGGAGCACUCGGCUGCCCAGUAGAGGGGUCAGGAAGGCGUCCCAGAAAGCAGAGCUAGGUGACUACCCAUAGCUGGUUAGUGAGUGCCCAUGGCGGGUAGGUCUGUUUACUGACUGACUGCAGCGGCCCCGACCCCACCUGAGGCUGGCUCUGUCUCCCCACAGCACUGACUUCCUCUGGUCCUUGCCCAGGGCUCUGAGCCCCUCCAGGGCAGGGCUUGGCUGCCCAGCACUGUUGGCGCUUAAUAAAAGUUUGUGAAAUGAAUGAAUACACAAAUGAGUCAUAGGCAAGUUCCUCUCUUGCCUUAACUUCCCUGCUUCCUCAACCAGGAUCAGUGUCUGUGUGAGGGAGGGGUGCACGAUGCUGUUUCCUCUCUAAGCAGGUGCCCAGGUUCGAGCUCCUUCUGGGACACUGAACUCACUGUCCUUGCAUUGAUUCCAAGUGUCUCCAUCAUCAUCCCAUUUUGCAGCUGAGGAAACGGCCUAGAGCCAUGAAGCCGCACGUCCCAGACACGCUUCUGCACGGUGCCCUUGGCCCUGAGCACUCAUUGUCCCCAAACUCCCACAGCUACCAGGCUCACCCCAGCCCGGCCCUUGGUGUCAGCCCUUCAUUUCACUUCCAUGCCUCUGGGGCCAUGCUUCCUCUCACUUGCCACCAUCCGGGCCAGAACUUGGGGCUCUCCCCUGUCAGUUCUCCAACUGAAAUCCUUGCCUGCGCUGGCCCUUCUUGAGGGCCAGGGUCACCUCACUGAGUCCUGGAAACCAGUCCCAGCUGUGUCACUAGCUCUGAGAAUGUCUGUAUGUUGUGGCUUCAGGAAAACUAGGCCCUGAGGUGGUGUCCCUUGCAGUCCUGCUGACUCGGUAGGUGAGUGACCUGCAUUUUGCCUUGGGCCCUUGCUUGAACGCAGGCUCCUGGGCCCUUGUCUGGAGUCCCUGUGGUGUCCAGAGACUUGCCCAUGAUCUGUGAGCCUCAGAUGUUGUGACAGGUGGGAAGCUGUACUGGGACUCGGGAAAGCCGAGCUUCUGCUAAUAAAUGUAGGAAAACCUUUUUUCUUCUGAAACUUCAAAGAAUCUCCAAUCCUCAGGCACUCUAAACUCAUCUCUUCCUGGGUCAUCAACACAAAUUUUAACAUGUUGGUUCACCUGGAAGUACCCAA